CGAACGCGGAAGGUUGUGCCUCCUCAGACAGCAGCAGCUACUUGGUCGGUCGCCGUUAAAUCGCUCGAAAAGAUCCCCGGGCUGUGCGUCUGCGGCAGGAUAAUAAAGCGUGACGCGUGUGCGUAACAUAAAAAUAACCAUAAAGCAAAUGCUCUCCACUCUCAGUGCGGAGUGAAAUGAAGUGAGGUGAAGUGAAGCGAGAAAAAAGGAAAAAUACUAUAUCCGACGAAGGCAAAACGGAAUUCCUUCAAAAAUCGGCAAAUAAACAAGAGGCAAAGAAGAGCACACACACCGGUUUUUGUGCAAAAAAAAACAGAAAAAAGCGAAGAACAGCAAAGGAAACGAAGGAAGAAAGAAGUGAAAUCAAAAGAAUUCUUCAGCCCGAAAUGGAGCUGAACGGAAGACGAUUGUUGAGCUGCGGCCUGGGAUUCUUCUGCCUGAUCUUUUGCUGUUACGCUGUCCCCUUAUCUUUCGAGGAUGUGAGCAUCACAAAGGGCCCCCAAUCUGCGAUUACCAUCAAGGAACAGAGUUCUUUGCAACUGCCCUGUGAGUACCAACUCUCAGAGGAUUAUCUUCAGAAAAAUAGCGUGAUCCUGCGCUGGCGAAAGGAUAACAAAACCCUUCGCCAGGUGGAGCUGGGCCGGAUGAGCAGCACCACCAGCGAACCUCAGCUGGAGACCAUGCUGCGCGAGGAUUCGCGAGUGUCUCUGGUGAAAGAUAGCGGUUCCCUGCAGUUUAACAGUGUCCUGGCCAGCGAUGCAGGCCAGUAUCAGUGUCAGUUGGUCAUCGAGGGCUCGGUGGCUGCCAGUUCUGUUAGUGGAGUUCUGACUGUGAUUGAGCAACUUAAGUUUAUGCCACAGCCCACGUCCAAGAAUCUGGAGCUGGGAACGCUGAGCAAAGUUCACUGCAAGGCGCAGGGAACACCGCCACCGCAGGUCAAGUGGACCAGGGAAACCCAACUACCUCUACCUGCUAACGUGACCGAUCAGAAUGGAACUCUGAUCUUCAGCCAGGUCACCAAUGAGCAGCGUGGCCAGUACACCUGCAUAGCCUCGAACAGUCAGGGACAAAUCAGUGCCACCGUCUCCAUUAAUGUGGUGGUGGCGCCCAAGUUUAGUGUGCCCCCAGAGGGACCCAUCGAAGUGCAGGAAACGGGUACGGCCGUAAUCCACUGCCAGGCCAUUGGAGAACCCAAACCCACGAUUCGUUGGGACAAGGAUCUCACUUAUUUGAACGAGAACAACACGGAUGAAGAACGCUUCACGCUAAUGGAGAAUGGAACACUGGAGAUAAGGAACGUAAGACCUGAGGAUGAGGGACGCUAUGGCUGCACCAUUGGCAGCAGUGCGGGACUAAAGAGAGAAGAUGUCCUGCUGGUGGUCAGGUCGAGUAAAUCGGCCUCCAAUUCCAUAGUGACCAGGAUUAUAAUCGUGAUUAUAUGCCUGGCCUUCCUGUACUUCGUGCUGGUGCUGGGUUUAAAGGUGUGGUACCGCUAUCGUCGUCACCUGGGCAAGGUUCAGCUAGAGGAGGGUCAUGUGCAGUCUCCCACCGAUGGUCCAGAGCACGACCAUCCGGAGAACGAACCCUGCCUGACGGAGGCCAACUCCAGCAAGAAUUUAAAGAGCAAACUGCGCGAGAGCACAAUCCUGGAACAAGAGUCACAGGUGGCCGAUGACAUUGUGUGAGGUGGAGAAGGAGUAGGAUGAGAUGGAGCCUUAGCUCCUGAGAGAAACUUUCCAUGAUCUCGGUCCCGUGCCCCCGCUCCCUCUCCCUCUCCCUCUCCCUUCGAGUGUUACUCCGUUUUGUUGUUGUGGAGAAUCAAAAAGGAACUUGUGAAAUCCCCCCCGGAAGUCUAUUUGUAUUUAUAUUUAUCUAGUUCAUACGUAUUUAUGCAUGUGUGUGUCUCUCAGUGUAUAUAUAUAUAUAUAUAAAUAUAUCCCAUGUACAGUUAUUUUUUAGUAGAAUAAAUAUUUUAUGGCUCUCAUAGAGCCCAAUUUUA